GACUGCUGGUUCGGACUCCGGAGUGGACUCUCUCAGUUUUCUUUGUUAUCUCCUCUCAGUUUCUCUCUCUAAAAAAGCGCACUUCUCUGUCGUCCUCUCUCUCUCCACCCACCAACGAAGUGUUUGUAGAGAGCGGCGGCUCUUAAGGUACCAUGGUGAGAAAGAGAAGAACUGAACAUCCUGGUGGGGGUGAGUCAUCAGAUCCUCAGGAGACUGGAGCAGGACGAGGUGCUCAACGCCCACCACAGCAACAUCAACAGGAGGGUAGCUACCAAGGAGGGAGAGGUGGCUGGGGACCUCAGCGUGGAGGACAUGGUGGCCAAGGUGGUGGAGCUCCACGAGGGGGAAUGGCUCCUCAGCAGUCCUACGGACACCCUGAGUAUCAGCAAGGUAGGGGUGCCCAGCAAUAUCAGCGUGGAGGGGCUCCAUUGCAGCGCCGUGGUGGCAUAGGUGGGCGUGGGGCACCUUCUGGUGGUGGGCCUCCGAGGCCAUUGGUUCCCGAGCUGCACCAAGCAACCCAGCUUCCAUAUCAAGCCAUUGCAACUCAGCCCAUGUCUUAUCCUAGGCCAGUGGAAUCUCCUGUGGAGGCUGGUUCUUCAUCUAGACAACCUGAGCAAGCACAAAUGACCCAGCAAUUGCAGAAACUUACUCUGCAACCUGAAGCUGCUCCCACCCAAGCUAUCCAACCUGCAUCCAGCAAGUCAAUGAGAUUUCCUCUUCGCCCAGGACCUGGAAGGAGUGGUACCAGGUGCAUUGUGAAGGCUAACCACUUCUUUGCUGAGCUGCCUGAUAAGGACUUGCACCAGUAUGAUGUUUCAAUCACCCCUGAAGUUGCUUCUCGAGGUGUUAAUCGUGCAGUCAUGGAUCAACUGGUUAGACUGUACAGAGAAUCUCAUCUGGGAAGGAGGCUUCCAGCAUAUGAUGGAAGAAAGAGCUUGUACACUGCAGGUCCUCUCCCUUUUGUUUCUAAAGAGUUCAAAAUUACUCUAAUUGAUGAAGAGGAUAGGUCAGGUGGUGCCAGGCGAGAGAAAGAAUUUAAAGUUGUGAUAAAGUUGGCAUCACGGGCUGAUCUUCAUCAUUUGGGAAUGUUUCUACAAGGCAGGCAGGCAGAUGCACCUCAGGAAGCACUUCAGGUUUUAGAUAUUGUUUUGCGAGAACUCCCCACAACUAGGUAUUGCCCAGUGGGUCGGUCCUUCUAUUCCCCAAAUCUAGGGCGUAGGCAGCCAUUGGGUGAAGGUCUAGAAAGCUGGCGUGGUUUUUACCAAAGCAUUCGCCCUACUCAGAUGGGUUUGUCUUUGAAUAUAGAUAUGUCAUCCACAGCUUUUAUUGAGCCCCUACCUGUCAUUGAUUUUGUAACCCAGCUUCUGAAUAGGGAUGUGUCAUCUAGACCUUUGUCUGAUUCUGACAGAGUGAAGAUCAAGAAAGCUUUAAGAGGUGUGAAGGUAGAGGUUACUCAUCGUGGUAACAUGCGGAGGAAGUAUCGAAUCUCUGGUCUGACUUCACAAGCAACAAGAGAGCUGACGUUUCCUGUUGAUGAGAUGGGUACAACUAAAUCUGUUGUUGAAUACUUCCGUGAGACAUAUGGUUUUGUCAUUCAGCAUACUCAAUGGCCAUGUCUACAAGUUGGGAAUCAGCAGAGGGCAAAUUACUUGCCAAUGGAGGUGUGCAAGAUUGUUGAAGGGCAAAGAUACUCUAAGAGGUUAAAUGAAAGGCAGAUCACUGCACUCCUCAAAGUAACAUGCCAACGGCCACGAGAUAGGGAGCUUGACAUUCUUCGGACUGUGGAACAUAAUGCAUAUGCUCAAGACCCUUAUGCCCAAGAGUUUGGAAUUAAAAUUAGUGAAAGGCUUGCUCAGGUCGAGGCUCGCAUUUUACCUGCUCCUUGGCUAAAAUACCAUGAUACUGGUCGUGAGAAAGAUUGCCUCCCUCAAGUUGGACAGUGGAAUAUGAUGAACAAGAAAAUGGUUAAUGGAGGAACAGUUAACAACUGGAUUUGCAUAAACUUUUCCCGCAAUGUGCAAGAUAGUGUUGCUAGAGGGUUUUGUUCUGAGCUUGCCCAAAUGUGUCAAAUAUCUGGCAUGAACUUCAAUCCAAAUCCUGUUCUACCACCAAUUACUGCACGCCCAGACCAGGUUGAGAGAGCACUGAAAGCUCGAUAUCAUGAUGCCAUGACAAAGCUACAGGGGAGGGAGCUUGAUCUUCUGAUUGUUAUCCUUCCUGACAAUAAUGGGUCUCUCUAUGGUGAUUUGAAGAGGAUUUGUGAGACAGACCUUGGAAUUGUGUCACAAUGCUGUUUGACCAAGCAUGUGUUCAAAAUGAGCAAACAAUACCUUGCCAAUGUUUCAUUGAAAAUCAACGUCAAAGUUGGAGGGAGGAAUACUGUGCUUGUGGAUGCACUAUCUAGGCGCAUUCCCCUUGUCAGUGAUCGGCCAACUAUUAUUUUUGGUGCUGAUGUUACACAUCCUCAUCCCGGGGAAGAUUCAAGCCCAUCUAUUGCCGCUGUUGUUGCUUCUCAGGAUUGGCCUGAGAUUACAAAGUAUGCCGGCCUAGUUUCUGCACAAGCACACAGGCAAGAGCUCAUUGAAGAUCUGUUCAAAUCUUGGCAAGACCCUGUUAGGGGGAAUGUUACUGGUGGCAUGAUCAAAGAAUUGCUUAUAUCCUUCCGCAGAGCAACUGGACAGAAGCCACAGAGAAUCAUUUUCUAUAGGGAUGGGGUCAGCGAGGGACAGUUCUAUCAAGUACUUCUCUUUGAACUUGAUGCGAUUCGCAAGGCAUGUGCAUCACUGGAACCCAACUAUCAGCCCCCAGUUACCUUUGUUGUCGUUCAGAAACGGCACCAUACUAGGUUGUUUGCUAACAACCACAAUGACCGAAAUGCAGUUGAUAGGAGUGGUAACAUCUUGCCUGGUACCGUUGUUGAUUCAAAAAUCUGCCAUCCUACUGAGUUUGACUUUUACCUGUGUAGCCAUGCUGGUAUACAGGGUACAAGUCGUCCAGCACAUUAUCAUGUCUUGUGGGAUGAAAAUAAUUUUACUGCUGAUGGACUUCAGUCACUAACCAAUAAUCUCUGUUACACAUAUGCAAGGUGCACCCGUUCUGUGUCAAUUGUUCCCCCUGCAUACUACGCACAUUUGGCAGCCUUCCGAGCUAGGUUCUAUAUGGAGCCGGAAACUUCUGACAGUGGUUCAAUGACAAGUGGUGCUGCUGCUGGCCGUGGUGGAGGUGGUGCUGCUGCUGGGAGGAACACCCGGGCACCGGGGGCAGCUAAUGCUGUUGUGAGGCCGUUGCCUGCUCUCAAGGACAAUGUGAAAAAAGUGAUGUUUUAUUGUUAGAUGACAUGUCUGGAGCUAGGCUAUGAACUAUCUUUAUUUCAGUUGUACUUGUUGGUUGGAUGUGGUUGGCAUGCGACUCCUUGUUUGUUGUCUUUUAAUUUGUUUUCAAUGACUCUGAUUCGACUCUAAGAUGAUGCUCUGUGUGAUUUAUAAGAUUGGUGUGCUUUGUUUAA